UACAACUCUCGCACUUAUUAUACUUACGUCUUGCCUCGUACACAUAACGAGAGUAGAAAAAAAAAGAUAGAAGGAAAAUGUAAAAAAAGAGUCUUGCGAUAACACAUCAAAUAAAAGAUGGACGAUUUAUUUUCAUCUAAAAACGUAUUUUGACACAAACCUCAGCGUCGACAAUUAAAGUGUAGAAUCAUUUAACAAAAAUUAAAUAUCGUGAGUUUCGGCGCAGUGUAAAUACAAAGGACGGUUUAUAAGUGUUGUAAAUACGAAAUCGUGUUUCCAAAGAAUUUUGUGUGGCGUUCAAUUGAAACGCUCACGUCGCAGUUGUUGUUGUAUAUAUAAAAAAAAAAAAAACCAAACGAAAACAUCGGAAAAAUGCAACUUUAAUGAACCGAGAUGAACGUGUUUGUUGGUUGCAUUUCUUCUGUUUCUGUUCACAUCUCAAUGAGACAACAUCACAACAUUUAGAAGCUCUGCUGUUAUCAUCUGUGGUAACGUGCUGCAUAAAAAUAGUCGAAUAGUAAUUUUUUCAAGACAAACUGGGUGCUAUUUUUGCCCACACAACGUCGCUGUCGUUAUCGUUGGAAACGAUAAAAAAUCGCGCGAUAAAAAACAACAAAAAUACAAGCACAAAAAUGACAUUACAAACAUUUUCCGUGUUGCUUUACACAAGCAAAGAAUACAGAGAAAUAACAUUUGGUGUGGACGAUACAUGUGAAGCGGUUUGCCGUGAAUUGUGCAGAGAUCUGGGGAUCAAACCGAUAUCAAAUCUUCUAUUUUCGCUACGCAUUAAAGGCACAACGAAUUUUUUGCCCGGAUGUCGUACCGUACAGGCAAAUGAAAAGUAUGAAUUUCGACUGCGACAUCAAGUGCCAAAAUUGUCAGAGUUUAAAAAAAUGGACAAAAUUGCGUACAACUAUUUCUUUCAUCAAGUUAAAUAUGAUCUGAUCAACGAUUCAAUACCCGAAUUGAAAUAUCCAAAGCACAAAGAAAAAGUGGUCGGUUUGGCCGUUACGAGUAUGUACAUUGAAAUGCUGGAACAUGGACUAUCGGUGGAUGAACUCGAAAAACAUUAUGAAAAUUACUUACCUAAAAAACACAUCGUCAAACAUAGACUAUUCAUCAAACAAACCAUCUCAAAGGAAUUGAGAAACAUUAAAAAUAUGGAUCACGACUCUUACUAUGUCAAGAGUACGUAUCUGGAAUCGAUAAACACCCUAGUUCCACAUUAUCUAAUGGAGAAGUUCUCUGGAAUAGUGCCAUAUUUACCUGAAGAUAACUUUGUUGGCGGAACAUGUACCGUUGAUGUGGAAUUUUCACCAUUUCAUUGCGAACGGCCUGGACUAAGUGUUUAUUAUCCGUAUAAAAAGAUUUGGAGGCAUGUUGCCAAAAUUGAUGAUAUUUUUGCAAUAAUCAUCGAUCGACAAGUGGUUAAGCUUGAGAUACGAGACUGUCCAGCUGGAUUUUCUAUUCUCAUCAAUGAUCAACAAAAUCGAGAAUCUUUUGUUAGCUGUCUUGCCACAUACUAUAGAUUGAUGGUGAAAUGGACAGUGGAUCUGUGUCGGGAACUUUAUUCGCCAACAUUGCAAACGUUAAAAGACUUAAAAUGUCACGGCCCAAUCGGCGGUGAAUAUUCAUACACAAAACUUCAGAAUCGACAAUGUUCGUCUGGAUCGUACAUUAUUCGACAAUGUGAAAAGAUUUAUGAGAAUUAUUACAUUGACAUCGUUGUUAAACCAAAUCACAUUGAAACAUGUAAAAUAACGCAAAAGUAUGACAUGUGGCAUUUACAUUCGCACGAAGGCACAAUCAAGGCAUUUAACAAUCUCACUGAAUUAGCAAAAAGUUUAAAAACUCAAUCGAAACAAAAAUUGCGGCUAGCACCCUCUGAAUAUGACAAAUCAACAUCUCUGCUUCUGUGUUCGCCACCAUUCCAAGUGACGGCAAAGCAAUCGAUCAACGAGCACAGUGAAAAUGAGCUACGUAAAAAGCGGGCACAAUUAUUCCAUCCGGUUAAAGACUUUCGAAAAUAUCAAAAUUCACAAAAAGUAAUUGAAAAUGGCAUAAUUACACAAAUGCGAGCUGAAUGGAUCUUGCCCGAAGAUAAAAAAUUGGACGUUACAUUGAAAGUACUGAAUUCUGAGAGACACUUGACGGAGUUUUUACGUUUGGCGGAAAAGUGGGGCAAUUUAUUCUCACCGGAGUUGCUGAAAAUGUAUGGGUUUACAUUGACGUCACCACAUACACUUGUGAUGGAGUCGACGCGUCUAGGAUCUCUCGACGAAUUUUUGCAAAGACCACACCUACAGGUUUCAGUGAAGAAUUUAAUCGAAGCAUCUUUGACGUUGGCGAGAGCACUUCAUUAUUUACAAGAAAAUAAUAUUAUACAUGGGCGAAUUCGGUGUGCAUCGCUGCACGUUGCACGCUACGAUGAAGACACUUUAGUUGUACGUUUGGGCGAUCCAGGGUUUCGAAAAUCCUACACAACUGACGAUUUGCCUUGGAUUCCCUUCGAGUAUCAUCAAAAUAUGGAGCAAUCCAAGUUGGAUUUUUCAGCUGAGAUAUGGGCAUAUGCAACAACAUUAUGGGAAAUAUUUUCACAUGGUCGAGCACCAACAUUAAGAGAAUUUUAUGCAUCUAAACGACGACUGCAAAGACCACGUGAUUGUCCCGAUGAUAUGUACGAUAUCAUGAGAGAGGGUUGGCACGAAAGUCCCGACAAACGAUUCUCACCGCAAGCCGUUUUCUCUAAAUUAAUCAUUGCACGUGAGAAACAAAAUUUGCAUAGAUACCAAACAUUACAUCCAUUCAUUCGAGACGAUAAUCAUUCGACUAUGGGAAGCAUAAAUUCAACAAAAACUGAAGAGACUCAUAUAUGCACAUCAAAUGGAACUGAAUCUCCGGAUCGAAUAAGUACGCUGUCAUCGGGUUCAUCGAUUGAAACAAUAAGUGAUGGCUCGAAUGGUUAUGCGAAUGACAUCACACCGUUAAUAUCAGACUCACAAUCGGAACGAACAAUCAUAUCCGAAUGUCCAAUGCAUGACUAUUCGCAAUCGAUUAUCGAAUUGGACGAUGGUGGAAAGUUAAUCUAUCAAGGGAAAAUCGGUGAUGGUCAUUAUGGCAGUGUGUAUCGUGGACAGUAUGAAAAUGAAUUGAAUGACGAAUCGGUCACACAGGUGGCGAUAAAACGUUUGAAAUCCAUACCAGAAACGAAUGUUCUGCGUGAUUUUGAACGUGAAAUUAAAAUCAUGCAAAACUUAAAGCAUCCAAAUAUUGUAAAAAUUAUCACAUGGAUUGACAAUCCACAAAUUUUAAUUGUCAUGGAAUAUGUAAGACAUCGUUCAUUCUUGAUGUAUUUGAGUUCACAAAGUCCGUUGUUGACCACACAACGACUGCUCAAAUUUGCCAAAGACAUUGCAAACGGCAUGGAGUAUUUAGUUAGCAAAAAGAUUGUACAUCGUGAUCUGGCGGCCAGAAAUAUUCUCGUUGACAGCGAUGAAUGUGUGAAAAUAUCCGAUUUUGGAUUGGCACAAGUGGCCGACUCAAAUGGAUAUUAUUUUGCCCAAAGCGAACGAGCAAUACCCAUUAAAUGGUAUGCGCCCGAGGUGCUAAAAAGCAACAAAUAUUCAUAUUCAUCGGAUGUAUGGUCGUAUGGUGUAACACUAUUUGAGAUGUUCUCACGUGGCCAAGAGCCCAAUUUAGUACCUGGAAAAGAUCUCCAAGCAGAAGAGUUAUUGACUAGACUUGAGAAUGGAGAACGAUUGGCGAGACCGAAUCUUUGUCCAGAGCACAUAUACGAAUCGUUAUUGUUGGAAUGUUGGUGCAGCAAUCCAAAGGAACGGCCCAAUUUCACGCAACUUUUACAAAUUAUCCAUGAUCGAAUAGCUGAAAAUGGCGAGGACAUAUAAAUUUGUUCGAUUGUGACUGUUUUUUUUUUCUUCUCUUUUAUUUGUUGCAAUUUAAUUAUAUUUGAUAGAUGUCAUUUAAAAUGUUAUAAGUGCUUGUUCUCAUUAUGACACUGAUUCAAAUUAUUCUAAUGAAUCUCACUCAUUUGAAAGAACGAAGACACACCAACGCAGAACAAAUAUUUGGUCCAUUACUCAUACAAAAUGCAUUACAAAAUACAAAUGGGCUUAAAAGUGUCUUCUCAAUUUUACAUCAUUACUACAAAUUUAUCAUGCACAAUACAUACAUAAAUGGUCCAGAAUAAAAACACGAUUUGUAUUUUGAGCCCGUAAAAGCGGUACUUUUAUCCACUUAAAAUACAAGCCGACUUUUUAUUCGAAACCAAUCAUAAAACACAUAUAUAUAUAUGGCAUAUAUAAAAGAUGUGAGCUGAUAUUUUAUGGCCCAUACGAAGAAUUACAUGACAACGAAAUCUACAAAACAUGUUUAUACCACAAGGUACAAAAUAUAAUAUUAUUAUUUAAAAAAAUUAAAAUCAAAGUUUAAAACAAAAACAGUUUUUAGCGGCAUAUUAAAUGCAAAAAAAAAAAAUCUAUCUAUUUGUCCAAAAAAAAUUUCAAAAGAUUUCAAUUUUGAAAUCACAUUUUAAUCGGUGCAAUCAAGUCUUUAUUACAAGAUAUAUAUUGAGGCAAAUUCAAUUGGAAAUAAGUGUCUUACUUCAACACAAUCGAGCUUUGAAAAUUUCAAUUAAGAAUUUAUAUAUAUGUUGUGUGUAUGGCUGAGAAUGAAAACGACCUAAUGAAUCUCACCUCAGGUGUUUGAAGCAAAAAAAGCCACUCUACACGCAUAAGAUCUUUUUACUCUAUACUGUUUGUGAUCAAGCAUAUUCAGCACUUUGAUAAUAACAACAACCAGAAAAAAAAUUAUUCAUUAGAAUAUUGUUAAUUAUAUAUUAUUGAAACGUAUUGAAAUAGAUAGAACUCAAUUGGGAUUUCAGACGUUAAUAUUUUCAAUGUUAUACAAAAAAAAAACGAAACUUAAAAAAAAUGUACUUUGUGAUUGUGAUGCCGGAUGGAUCGGUUUGAGACAAAUUUCAAGACUGGCACUUCAGCUCCGAAUAAAUGAUAAAUACAAAUAAC